AAACUAGCUCUCACAUUCUGAUAUAGGUAGUCAACAACAACAGCAGCGUCAGCAAUAGCAGAGUAUCUUUUUUUCGUUUGAAAUUUGUUUUAUUUCUAAUCAGGUGACCUGUUUCAAGUCGGUUGACGGUGUUCGCUGGUUGUUGGUUGCUGGAAUUACUUGUUAACAUAUCACGUCUACAAGUGUCUGUUGUUGUUGCUGAAAAACAAGAGCUACUGUCUAACGCACAAUGGGUACCGGUGGCGUCAAUUACACCCCUCCCGAAUGGAUAACUGCCGAGUUUAUACAGGAUGUCCUGAAGGAAUAUUUCAAAGAUGACAGCUUGGAGGUGCAUGAAAUUGUUGUUAAAAGUGCUUCUGCUGGGGCGGAAAGGGGUAGUGGCUUUGCAAGUGAAAUGCAUAGAGCCAUCUUUAAUUUGAAAAGGAAAGAUGUGACCGGUAAAUUUUCCGUCAUCGUUAAGGAUCACCCCAAAGGCUUUACCGGUGUUGUGGCCCACAAGAGUAAACUAUUCAAGCGUGAGAAAAUGGCCUACAAAGAAAUUCUGCCCAGAAUUGAAGAACUAUUGGCCUCCAUAGGGGAUACCACCAAAAUUGCCCCUGCUUGUUAUUAUACCACGGAAACCCCACAGCCUUUUCUAAUUUUGGAAGAUAUGCAAGUUACGGGAUUUGAAAACUUUGAAAAAGGACGCUUGCUCAAUUUAGAUCAUGUACUACCCACCAUAGAAAAAUUAGCCAAAUUACAUGCCUGUUCGGCUAUUAUAGCAAAAGAAAAUCCCAAAAUUAUGGAAUUUUUUGAAGAGGGACCCAUAUCCCGUAAUCCAGAUCGAAAGGAUUUCCUCACAUUCUUUCCCGUUAAUAUACGCUGUGUGGCUGAAGAGCUUUCGCAUUGGAAGGGCUAUGAGGAGAUAACGGAAAAAAUGUUUAAAUUGGCUGAAAAUGUGCUACAAUCAGCUGUGGAAAUGUAUGAAUCACAUGAGCAAGGUUUUCGGGUAUUCAAUGUAGCCGAUUUGUGGGUGGAUAAUCUAAUGUUCCACUUAAAUAAUGAAACCAAAGAUCCGGACAAUGUGGUGUUGCUAGAUUUCCAAUUGUCCUAUUAUGGUUCCCCAGCCAUGGACUUGAAUUACUUCCUUUAUGGAUCUCUAAAUGAAAAUGUUCGCAAAGUCCAUUUGAAAUACAUAAUACGAGAAUAUCAUCGCAUUUUCAAAGAAACUUUAGACAAAUUGCAUUAUGAUGGUUAUAUACCCUCACUGAAGGAACUUACCAUUGAACUCAUUAAGAAUAGCCUGCAGGCUGUCAUAGCGGCCACUUGUCUGACACCCAUUAUCUUCAUGGAAAAGGAUGGUUUUGAAAAUCUAGAAAAUCUUGCCUCUCGCACCGAAGAGGGUGACCAAAUAAGGCGACAAAAUGUAGAAAAUCCCAAGUAUAGAGCAUUCCUUCAACGCACUGUCAAAGAGUUUGAAUUGAGCGGUUUCUUAGAUCUUUAAAACGUUUACAAAUGUUAGCAUUUAAGUUAAUUUUUGUUCAUUGUGUUGUUGUUUCAUUGCAAAUGUAUUUUUGAAAAGGUUUUGAUUUUUAAAGGAA